CUAAAAUUUGUGGAUUGUGAUUUGCUUUUGUCCAGACGUGUUAAAUUAGCCGCGACUCGGCUCGACCCGAGCAUCAGCCCACUUUAUUAAGAAAAAUAAGCUGGAAGGUGUGUAAUAGAAAUGGGCAGGCCGACAGCACACUUCAAAUAGAAAAUAAAAAAAACCCUAAUUGCCACCGGCCAAAUCGACGGGACAAAUGCAAGACCUCCUGCCACCGCCUCAGUUCCGGCCACAUGGCUGCGAGAUCACUACCCCCGGCUUCAGUCACCGAGCACCGAUUCAGUCCGGUGCUCUGCAAAUUGGCUCGCCGGCUCGCCGCUCGCGCACCACUUCCGUCCCGGCGCAGCUGCUAAUCGGAGUCCCCGAUUCCCAUCCGGCCGUCUCUCUGCAACUCUCCACUCCGAUUGAUGAAGACAUGCUGUUGAACCUUGCCCACCAAAAUUACAAAGCUGGGAACUAUAAACAGGCGCUAGAACAUAGCAAGACUGUAUAUGAGCGAAAUCCACGCCGCACGGAUAACCUUCUCUUGUUGGGUGCAGUUUAUUAUCAGUUGCAAGACUUUGAUUUGUGCAUUGCGAAGAAUGAAGAAGCUCUUCGAAUUGAUCCACAAUUUGCUGAGUGCUAUGGAAAUAUGGCCAACGCCUGGAAGGAGAAAGGGAAUAUUGAUGUAGCCAUUCGCUAUUACUUGAUUGCUAUUGAGCUUCGGCCUAAUUUUGCUGAUGCUUGGUCGAACUUAUCUAGUGCUUACAUGAGAAAAGGAAGGCUAACUGAGGCUGCUCAAUGUUGUCGCCAAGCUCUUGCUCUAAAUCCUCGCUUGGUUGAUGCUCAUAGUAACCUUGGGAAUCUGAUGAAAGCGCAAGGAUUAAUGCAAGAGGCAUACAAUUGUUACUUAGAUGCGCUUGGCAUUCAGCCCACUUUUGCAAUUGCAUGGUCCAACCUUGCUGGUCUUUUUAUGGAGGCUGGAGAUUAUAACAGGGCCUUGCAGUACUACAAGACUGGCUGCAGGAGUGAUACUAAUGUGUUUUGGUUUAUCUUUGGAUAUGGUUGGUUGUUUCAUGUGUGCCCUUCUUACUGUAUUUUGUGGUGCAUACAGGAAGCUGUCAAGCUGAAGCCAAACUUCUCGGAUGCUUAUUUGAAUUUGGGAAAUGUUUACAAGGCAUUGGGAAUGCCACAGGAAGCUAUAGUAUGCUAUCAACGAGCUCUUCAGUCACGGCCAGAUAAUGCCAUGGCUUUCGGCAACUUGGCUAGUGUUUACUAUGAGCAGAGUAACCUUGAUAUGGCAAUACUCAACUACAAAAGAGCUAUUGCCUGUGAUGCUGGAUUCCUGGAGGCAUACAAUAACUUGGGUAAUGCAUUGAAAGAUGCUGGAAGAGUAGAAGAAGCAAUUAACUGUUACCGACAAUGCCUGUCUCUGCAACCAAAUCAUCCUCAAGCACUUACCAAUCUUGGAAAUAUAUAUAUGGAGUGGAACAUGAUGAGUGCUGCAGCUCAAUGCUACAAAGCAACACUAACUGUUACAACAGGGCUUUCUGCACCUUUUAACAAUUUAGCAAUAAUAUACAAACAGCAGGGUAGUUAUGCGGAUGCAAUUUCUUGCUACAACGAGGUUCUCAGAAUUGAUCCAAUGGCAGUUGAUGGUCUUGUCAAUCGUGGAAAUACUUACAAAGAAAUUGGACGAGUUACUGAAGCAAUUCAAGACUAUAUGCGUGCUAUUGCCAUCCGACCAACCAUGGCAGAGGCCCAUGCUAAUUUGGCUUCCGCUUACAAGGACAGUGGUCAUGUUGAAAAUGCAAUCAAAAGCUAUAAGCAAGCUUUGGUGUUGCGUCCAGAUUUUCCAGAAGCCACUUGUAAUCUUCUUCACACUUUGCAGGACAUUUUGCCUGUCUUGCAUCAUUGUGUGAUGGCUUCUGUUUGGAAAUAUGCUGCACAUUGUUCAGUUGUAGCAUCCCGUUUUUCUCUUCCUCCUUUUAGCCAUCCUUCUCCAUUACCUGUAAGGGGUGGAGGCAGGAAUGGCCGUUUAAGAGUUGGAUACGUGAGCAGUGACUUUGGUAAUCAUCCUUUAUCUCACCUCAUGGGUUCGGUAUUUGGGAUGCAUGACCGAGAAAAUGUGGAGGUUUUCUGCUAUGCAUUAAGCCCAAAUGAUGGUUCUGAGUGGAGGCUGCGAAUCCAAUCAGAAGCAGAACAUUUUAUUGAUGUGUCUUCUAUGGCAUCUGAUAUGAUUGCAAGGAUGAUUAAUGAGGAUCAGAUACAGAUUCUUAUCAACCUUAAUGGGUAUACUAAGGGUGCAAGAAAUGAAAUAUUUGCCAUGCAGCCUGCUCCCAUUCAGGUUUCCUAUAUGGGAUUUCCUGGUACAACAGGAGCAAGCUACAUCCACUAUUUGGUUUCUGAUGAGUUUGUAUCUCCUAUCUGUUACUCUCACAUAUAUUCUGAGAAGAUUGUUCAUCUGCCUCAUUGCUAUUUUGUAAAUGAUUAUAAACAGAAAAAUCUUGAUGUACUGGAUUCGAGCUGCAAACCGAAGCGAUCAGACUAUGGGCUGCCUGAGGACAAAUUUAUAUUUGCUUGUUUCAAUCAACUUUACAAGAUGGACCCUGAGAUUUUUACAACCUGGUGCAAUAUUCUUAAGCGUGUCCCAAAUAGUGCGCUUUGGCUUCUUAAAUUUCCAGCCGCAGGCGAGAUGAGGCUUCGCGCUCGUGCUGCUGCCCAAGGUGUGCAGUCGGACCAAAUAAUUUUCACAGAUGUUGCUAUGAAACAGGAGCAUAUCAGACGCAGUGCAUUAGCAGACCUUUUUCUUGAUACGUAUGUGUUUGCUGGAGCUUCUUUAUGCAAACAUUGA